AUGUGUGAUGCAAGUGACCGAAGUGUGGGAGCUAUUCUUGGCCAAAGAAUAGGGAAAGAGCCUCAUGUUGUCUACUGUGCUUCGAAGACUUUGGAUGCUGCCCAAAGCAAUUACACAACCACUGAGAAAGAAUUAUUAGCUGUUGUGUUUGCUUUAGAUAAAUUUAGAUCUUACCUAUUGGGAACUAAAGUGAUUAUCUUUUCUGAUCAUUCAGCUUUGAAAUAUUUAAUAGGGAAGAAGGAGGCAAAACCUCGACUGAUUAGGUGGAUUCUGCUCCUACAAGAGUUUGAUUUUGAAAUUCGGGAUAAAAAGGGAUGCAAAAACUUAGUAGCUGACCAUCUGAGUCGAUUACAGAUUCUAGUAGACUACACAUCAUUAAAAGACAACUUCCUAGAUGAAAACCUAUUUUCAGCAAAUACGGUUCAUCCUUGGUACGCAGACAUAGUAAAUUACCUCGUUACAGGUACUGUUCAUUCAGAAUUACCUAGGUCUAAUAAAGAUAAGAUAAAAAAGGAUGCUCGGUAUUACAUUUGGGACGAUCCUUACCUUUGGAAGCAUUACUUUAAUCAGAUAAUUCGACGGUGUGUAGCAGAAAUAGAGGUACAAUCCAUUUUAACUUUUUGUCAUUCUUAUGCAUGUGGAGGACACUUUGGACCUAAACGCACCGCACUAUUUUUGAAAAACAUAUUUCCUGAUGCCUUUUUAUUCUGCAAAACCUGUGAAAGGUGCCAAAAAGUUGGCAACCUUAGUCGUCGAAAUGGGAUGCCCCUUACUCCUAUUCAUAUUUGUGAAAUUUUCGAUGUGUGGGGCAUCGAUUUUAUGGGUCCUUUUGUUUCUUCCUUCGGUAAUUUUUAUAUACUCUUAGCUGUUGAUUACGUAUCUAAGUGGAUAGAGGCGAAGGCCAGUUGUAAUGAUAAUGCUAAGACCGUAGUUGACUUUCUUAAAAGGUCUAUUUUUUCCAGGUAUGACACUCCACGAGCAUUAAUCAGUGACAGAGGAACUCAUUUUUGCAAUAAGCUCGUAAGUGCACUUAUGGAGAAAUAUGGAGUGACUCAACAAAUUGCCAUUGCUUACCAUCCACAAACAAACGAGCAAUCCGAAGUGUCAAAUCAAGAAAUCAAGUCUAUUUUGGAAAAGACAGUUAAACCUAACAAAAAGGAUUGGAGUUUGAGACUAAAUGACGUACUUUGGGCUUAUAGGACAGCUUACAAGGGACCAAUAGGCAUGUUACCUUACCGACUCGUUUUUGGUAAACCAUGCCAUCUCCUAGUCGAAUUAGAACACAAGGCAUUUUGGGCAGUUAAGCAGUGUAAUAUGGAGAUGGAGUCUGCAGAAAGGUCUCGGAAGUUGGACAUCCAGGAACUCGAGGAAAUUAGAAACGAUGUAUAUGAAAAUGCUUGA